ACUCGAAACAGGACCACGAGGUUAACCUCAAAAAUGAGUCAAAAGUCACCGCCAUCACCACGUUGUGUUUGACGACGAACCGAUGCAAACACAAAAAAUUAACAAAAAGUGAAAUCAUUUUAUAAAAAUUGUAGAUAAUUUAUUACAAUGACAAAAGUUAGUGAGUCUAACAUUGAGAGUCGGGUUCAAAACAUAAAGACUUUGGAGAAAAAAUCCAAGAAAAAAGCGAAGAAUGAUCAAAUUGUUAUUCCAAGAGGAAAACCAAAGUCGGGCAGAAUUUGGAAAGAACAGAAAACCAGAUUUUCAUCAAUUGUAAAGACGAGAGGAAUUCGCCAAUCCUUUGAACAGAAACAAAAGCUGAGAGAACACUUGAAGCAUAUUAAAGAAAUAUCACGAGAAAAGAAAGCAAAAAUGAAGGAAGAAAAGGAAUUGAAAAAACAGCGAAGGAUAGAGAAGUUGAAGAGAGAGGAGGAAAAUAGAAAGAAGAGUGAAGUCGUUCAAGUUAUAACGAACACAGCCAAAAUAAAGAGGAUGAAGAAGAAGCAGUUGAGAAUGGUCGAAAAAAGGGACACUCUCAAAAUGUAAUAAUAUAAUUACAGUUUAUUAACGAACUCUAUCCAAGGUAUAUAGUUACGGUCAAUCAUGUACAAAAAGAAUGUUGAUAAUAAAACAAAAAUUAGAAACACC